AUGUCAUCGCUUUGGCCUUGGUCUUCCUGUUAUUUCCCUCCCUUAGGGGUUACGAUGUUAGCUAGUUCCGACGGAACAGUGCGAGUUUAUAAUGGUCAGACUGGUUUUCUUGAUAAAGAGACAAAUUUAGUCACUAGCUCGGUUGAUAAUUGUUCACGUAUAUCCCUUGGUUAUUUUCCUUCAAAUGAACGUUUAGUGAUUACGAGAGAAACCGAAAUUAACGCGAGAACCCACUCAAAUGGAUCUGUCCUGCUUCAUGGCUUUCUUGAUAAACGCAUUCAAAAUAAAACUGAUAAGAUCAGUCUUGAAUUUUACUCAAAUCAGGGCUCUGUUAUAGAACUAUUUCUUUCCACUGUUGAAAGUUUGUACACUGAUUAUGGAAGUUUGGUUAUAAACACUCAUAACUGUCCUAAUCCUAAGUUAUGA